UCGAGUGAGAAGUAUCCUUCAGUCUUGUUCUCCUUGUUCGCCGUGCCUCUUCGCAUACGGAUCCUAUCAUCGAUCGUGCUGGUUGUUGUUCGCAUCUCUCAGUGCAAACCAAUAUGGCGGAAACUGAAGUUCAGACCGCGCCUCCGAAACACCGCAAGUCCGUAGCCUUUAGCGAAGGUGCAACAAUCAUGGAUGCCAACGGCGAGAUCAGAGAAGCCAGCCAUGCUGAGGAUAAGGUGACGGCUGAGAAGCAUUCUGCUGGACCAGCGUCGCCGGACAAGGACGUCGAUGAAGUGACAGAGCUUUUCAAGGGUCUGUCAAAAAAGAAAAAGACGAAGAAGCCCAAGGAAGAGUCUGCAGAGGGCGAGGAGGCCGCACCAGCUGCCGAUGGAGAGCUGGACCUCAGCGCCUUGAAGAAGAAGAAGACCAAGAAGGUCAAGAAGGUUGAUGAUUUCGAGGCCAAGCUCGCUGAAGCCGGUGUCGCGGAGGAGGGUGCAGAGGAAAAGGCUGAGGAGGUACCGGAAGGUGACCUCGAGGCUGGAACUGGUAUCUGGCAACACGACUCGACACAAGCGAUCCCUUACCAGCUGCUCGUCAAGCGCUUCUUCUCCCUCAUCCAGAGUCACCACCCCGAUCUGCUGUCCAGCGGUUCCAAAUCAUACAAGAUUCCCCCGCCUCAGUGUCUGCGUGAAGGUAACCGUCGUACCAUUUUCGCCAAUAUCGCCGAUAUCUGCAAGCGUAUGAAGCGUUCGGACGACCACGUUAUGCAGUUCCUGUUCGCCGAAUUGGGUACCAGCGGAAGUGUGGACGGAAGCAGACGUCUGGUUAUCAAGGGUCGUUUCCAGCAGAAGCAGAUCGAGAACGUUCUUCGAAGAUACAUCGUUGAAUACGUUACCUGCAAGACCUGCCGCAGUCCCGACACUGAGCUCAACAAGGGUGAAAACCGUCUCUACUUCGUUACCUGCAACUCUUGCGGAUCCCGUCGUUCCGUUACGGCCAUCAAGACUGGUUUCCGUGGACAGGUCGGUCGCAGAAAGAGACAGGGUUAAGCUUGUCGCUUGCUCUUCGAUUUUCUUUCGCUUGGAGAUGGUGUGGCCAGUUUCUAUCAUAUUUUUGGGUGUUCUCUCGCGUGCACUUUUUACCAAGCAUUUGUGGUGGACUGGGAACGGACUGAACGAAUGAUUCCGAGGUUGAUGUCAAGCCUGAUGACGCUCAAAAAUUUUUAUCAUGAGGGUGUGGAGAAUCGGAAUCGUUGAACAAAAUGUAAGACAUGGGAAUGGAAAUAACGGUAUGGCAAAGUGGAUGACAAUGGAUAAGAAUUAGAUUCACUCCCAUUCAG